AUGGCUGCCCCCGCAGCCGACCUCUCGGGAGGACCGGCCCUUCUAUCCAUCUCGCUGGCCACCGCCGCCGUCGCUUUGGCUACUACCGUUGUACGGUUUUGCACACGCGCUGGGAUUACGGGUCGUUUUGCUGCUGACGACUAUACGAGCGGCGUCGCUGCUAUCGUGGCAUUCGUCGGCACCAUCUUUGCCAUCAUCGAGAGUACAUCCGACAACCCAGUCCGCGCCCUCGAGUUCGACCUGCUCGCCCAACCGUGGUAUCUUAUGAGCGCCACUCUCAGCAAGAUCUCCAUGUGCCUCUUCUUCAUGAGCAUGUUGGGGCGCGCCCGUCACUGGCGCAUUUUGUUGGGCGUGUUUAUUUUUACCAUGGCCGCCGUCAACCUGGCCUUUGCACUGGCCGUCAACUUGCAGUGUCGUCCGCUCGAAAUGCUGUGGCGGCCUGAUGCCGAGGGGGAGUGCUGGAGUCCGAGUGUUCAGAUGAAUAUUGGCUAUGCUCAAGGGGUUCGCACCGCGAAGACGACUGAAACAGUUGGCAAGGUUAUUUACACAAUUCACCACUUUUACGUCAGUCUCAUGGCAAUUCUUGAACAAAACUUUGGCCUUGCAGCCGCUAAUAUUCUUGUCUUCGGCCCCCUCUUCUCUUCUUCUUCUUCUUCUUCCUACUCCACCUCCGGAACCGGCGGAACCUCGGCGUCUCGUUCAACAGCAAGCCGUCGUAGGAGACGCAGAACACACACACCUCUCAAAGAUCCAUACAGCACCACCUCCUCUUCAUCGUCAGGAGUAGGCAGCCAUUCUCGAAGCCACAGCAGGAGUCACAGUAGGAAUCACAGUAGGAGCCAUAGCCGCAAUCACAGCAUCAGGAGCAUUCAGCGGCCUGAGAUGGAAGUUCCGCCGAUUCCGACUAGUUUGAAGGCUGGAACCGAGAACAAUACCUACCUAGAGGGGCUAGAAAACACUACUACUAAUCUUAAUAACACCAAAGGGAAGGGCGUCGCAGUAGACGAAGAGAGGGCCCUCGAGAGCACUGGGCCCUCGUUACGCACAGAAGGAGAGCCAGCAUCAUCCGGCCCAUCGCACUCCCGCUCCCGACCGAGCGACCAAGCCACCUACACCGCCUUCCCCGACUCCUACACCCUUUCCGAUGCUACAUCCCUAACCGAUUCCUCCACCUCCACCUCCACCUCCACCUCUGACCUCUCCGACCUCUCCGAAGAAGAAGACUUCGACCCCGACGCAAUCGACCUCUCCGCCUGGCCCCGCGGCAUCAUCAAAACCGUCUCCGUCGACGUCACUGAGGAACGCAUCGAUCCCCCGCCCGGCAUGCCCAUGCCCAUGCCCAUGCCCAUGCCCAUGCCCUUCCCGCAGAUUCCGCGUCCUGCGCUGAGUAGGAAUAAUAGCGGUACUUCUAGGCCAGGGCCGUCGACUACUUUACCAAACACCGGAGUGCCGAAUGAUGUGGUGAAUGAGGAGAUCGCCAAGACAUACGAUACGACGCAUGCUCCACCUGCGGUGGGCGGAGGAAGGAGCAGCGUGUCGAUUACCAGUCCGAGGGGGAGCAUUAGUGUCGGGGUGGGAAAGCGGACGUAUGGGGGGCAUCAUCAUCAUGUGAGGAGUCAUAGUCGGCAGCCGAGUCGGUUGCGGGGACUAAUAGGGGGAGGAGAGCGGGAUGAGGACAGGGUGAGUGAAGAGGAGGAUGAGUAUGAGGGGACGGGAGAGUUGGAGCAGGAUUGGGAGGCUAUUUUGAGGGCUGGGCCACCAGGGCGGAGGUGA